AAAAAAGGCCUGUUGUGGCAAGAGAGCUAACAACAGAUGUGUUCUGUCUUCUCUUCUUUCCCUCCAGAUGAUUCCACCAGAUCAAGAACUGCUGGUUUGGUAUGGAAAUUCCCAUAAUACUUUUUUGGGCAUUCCCGGUGUCCUCGGGCUUGAAGAGGAACAGAAGAAGACCAAACAUGAGGACUUCCACGUGGCCGAAGGUGGGAUCAGCACGAUGGGCCGCAUGCGGUGCGUCAUCUGCCACCGCGGCUUCAACUCCCGCAGCAACCUGCGUUCCCACAUGCGGAUCCACACUCUGGACAAGCCCUUCAUCUGCCGUUUCUGCAACCGCCGUUUCAGCCAGUCGUCCACCCUGCGCAACCACGUCCGCCUUCACACCGGAGAACGGCCGUACAAGUGCCAAGUCUGCCAGAGCGCUUACUCGCAACUGGCUGGGCUCCGGGCCCAUCAGAAAAGCGCCCGACACCGGCCCCCUAACAGUGCCUUGCAGCCCCACUCGCCCGCCCUCCCUGUGCCACACCCCACCGCCCUGGGCCACCACAUCCCCACCAUGGUGCUGUAA